AAUGCGUGUGCGUUCUCUGUAGCACCUUAGAGAGGAGGUUGGCUGCGUGGGUGAGAUACGAAUAUAUUAAUUUCCUGGACGCUCAGCCUACCGGGGAAAGAUUAACAGGCCCGUGAUACGUGAACGCUCUCCGAUUUCUCCCUGGGUGAUACAGAGGAGGGCUUGUUUGUGGGGUUGGGGUGAGGUAAGGCAAGCUCUUGGGGAGUGAUCUUACCACACACACAACAUCUGGCCCUGUUUCUUGCUCAGGGCACCUCGGGAGAGCAGCAGGACACAUGUCUGCUGGAGGAGGGCACAGUUGGAAAUUAGCCUGACCAAGUAAAAGUCUGGAUCAAAGGUUGGUCUCAUUUUAAAGUAAACUCCCCCCAACCCUCUGACUUUUGGAUAAGAGCUGAACUGAGCCGGCCACGGCCUCACUCGGGGCCACUCGCACCAGCCCGGGGAAGAGCAUCAGGACUCCUGCCUCCGAUAAUAAUGCCAACUGUGGAUGACAUCCUAGAGCACAUAGGGGAAUUUAACUUCUUCCAGAAGCAGACGUUCUUUCUCUUAGCUCUGCUCUCGGCCGCGUUCACCCCCAUCUACGUGGGCAUCGUCUUCCUGGCCUUCACCCCGGAUCACCGCUGCCUGAGCCCCGGGGUGGCCGAGCUGAGCCGGAGAUGCGGCUGGAGCCUGGCAGAGGAGCUGAACUACACAGCGCCGGGCCCGGGGGCCGCGGGCGAGGCGUCCCCUCACCAGUGCCGCCGCUACGAGGUGGACUGGAACCAGAGCGCCCUCAGCUGCGCGGACCCCCUGGCCGGCCUGGCGGCCAACAGGAGCCACCUGCCGCUGGGCCCCUGUCGGCACGGCUGGGUGUACGAAACGCCCGGCUCGUCCAUCGUGACCGAGUUUAACCUAGUGUGUGCCAGUUCCUGGAUGCUGGACCUGUUUCAGUCGGCUGUGAAUGUAGGAUUUUUUAUCGGUUCUGUGGGUAUCGGCUACAUAGCAGACAGGUUUGGCCGUAAGCUCUGCCUACUGGUUACGAUCCUCAUAAAUGCUGCAUCAGGACUCCUGCUGGCCAUUUCCCCAAACUAUACCUGGGUGUUAAUUUUCCGUUUGAUCCAGGGGCUGGUCAGCAAGGCAGGCUGGCUUAUAGGCUACAUCCUGAUUACAGAGUUUGUCGGUCUGAGCUAUCGGAGAACAGUGGGCAUCGUUUACCAAAUGGCCUUCACCGUUGGGCUCCUGGCGCUGGUGGGGGUGGCAUACGUGCUUCCUCACUGGAGGUGGCUCCAGCUCACUGUUUCCCUGCCCAACGUCUUCUUCUUGCUCUAUUACUGGUGCAUCCCUGAGUCUCCAAGGUGGCUGAUCUCCCAGAACAAAAAUGCUAAAGCCAUGAGGAUCAUUAAGCACAUCGCAAAGAAAAAUGGAAAAUCUCUGCCAACCUCCCUUCAGAGCCUCAGACCUGAUGAGGAAGCUGACGAGAAGCUGAAUCCUUCAUUUCUUGAUUUGGUCAGAACCCCUCAGAUCAGGAAACACACUUUGAUCCUGAUGUACAACUGGUUCACGAGCUCUGUUCUCUACCAGGGCCUCAUCAUGCACAUGGGCCUUGCAGGGAGCAAUUUCUACUUGGAUUUCUUCUACUCUGCCCUGGUGGAGUUUCCAGCUGCCCUCCUCAUCAUCCUCACCAUUGACCGUUUAGGUCGCCGCUAUCCAUGGGCUGCAUCAAAUAUGGUGGCAGGGGUAGCCUGCCUAGCCUCGGUUUUUAUCCCUGAUGAUCUGCAGUGGCUAAGAGUUACAGUCGCGUGCUUGGGUAGGAUGGGGAUUACGAUGGCUUACGAAAUGGUUUGCCUGGUCAACGCGGAACUGUACCCCACAUUCAUCAGGAAUCUCGGUGUCCUUGUCUGCUCCUCCAUGUGCGACAUCGGUGGCAUUAUCACACCGUUCUUGGUCUACCGGCUCACCAAUGUCUGGCAUGAGCUCCCACUGCUGGUUUUCGCUGUGAUUGGCUUGGUUGCUGGGGUACUGGUGUUGCUGCUUCCGGAGACCAAAGGGAAGGCUUUGCCUGAGACUAUAGAUGAAGCCGAGAACAUGCAGAGAUACGUCUGCGAAGGUUUGCGCCUUUCUGCUGUCCAUAUUACAUCCUCCGGCUCACCUUUCGAAGAAGGAAGGCAGACCUGUGUGAGGCUUGAGGGCUGCACAAGGGAGUGAGGACGUGGACGCCGAGGCAGGGCUGGGCAAAGGGCCCCCUGUGGGGAAAGACAAGCAGGGGCAGCCCACAGGAUGCGUAGAUGGCCGGGAGUAGGGGCACCCCACGCUGGCCCUGGGGGGCAGGCAGGCUGCCUCCGUCAGGAGAGCUGACCCAGGUCCGGUGUCCCAGACCCUGCGGGAGAGGCGCACAAACAGGGUAGGGCGGGACUCCCUCCACCCCCAUCGAGUCACUGGGCUCCCGAGGGCCCUGAGCCCAUCCUGGUUACAAAGACGACCCUAGGGAUUUCCCAACGUACACCUUAUUUCAUCCCUGACCCUUGUUUCCUUUCCUGUAAAAUUGGGUAACAGUGGCUAACGUCUGCUCAGAGCUUUUAGCUAGUGCUUUCCAAGCCCUUCCCGUGUGUUGCCUCAUUUAAUCCUGGCACCAACCCUAUGGAACAGGUAUUAUUAUUAUUAUUAGCCCCAUUGGACAACUGAAAAAAAUGAAGGCAAGACAGAUGGAAGGAUUCGUCCAUGAGGCCAGUAAGUGACAAAGCCAGGCUAGUCCUGGCACCCAGGUCCCAGACGGCCGGGCGCACAAGCGGAAGAAUGCAGUGAGGGUCCAGAGCGGGCUGGGGCUCCUCACCAGUCAGUCGGCAUAGCUGUGCCGCCGCCGCUGCUGUACCUGCUGCUGUUGCCGUGGUCACCGUUGUUGCUGUUGUUGUUGCCAUGGUCACUCUUGUGGCUGCUGUUGCUGCUGCUGUUGUUGUCUUUGUUGCCGUUGUUACUGCUGUUGCUGUUGUUGUUGCUAUGGUUACUGUUGUGGCUCUUGUUGCUGUGGUUACUAUUGCUGCCGCUAUGGUUGCUGUUCUCGUUACUAUUGUUGCUGCUGUGGUUCCUAUUGUUGUUGUUAGUAUUGUUGCUGCCGCUGUUGCUGCUGUGGUUCCUGUUGUUGCCACUGUUACUGUCAUUGCUGCUGUUGUUGCUGUUCUUGCCAUUGUUACUGUUGCUGUUGCCGUGAUUACUCUUACUGCUGUUGUUGCUGUUGUUUAUAUUGCUGAUGCUGAGGUUUUCAUUGUUACUAUUGUUGCUGCUGUGGUUCCUGUUGUUGUUACUAUUGUUGCGGCUGUGGUUCCUGUUGUUGCCACUGUUAUUAUUGAUG